CCGGUUAAAGCUGGGACAAAUGAAAAGCGUUUUUUAUGUCCCUCCGCGGACACCAUCCAAGCGAUAGUAACACUGCCAAUUGGUCUACAAGACAAGAGUAACUUCUGCUGUUUAGACUCUUAAUUUGGGACUUUGGAUGCUUUUGAACAUGUCCUAAACAUCAGACAUGUCUGUUCUGCGCAGAGCUAAAACAUGGGAAAUAUCUGAAUCUGAGGACAGCGACACUGACUCCAAGAAAGGUCUAAAUUGCGAUGAGAGCAGACACACCGCAGCAGUGAGCAGCAAAGAGGACAUUAAAGAGGACAUUAAAGAAGACAUUAAAGAGAACAUUAAAGAGGACAUUAAAGAGGACAUUAAAGAGGACAUUAAAGAGGAGAAAACAUCAGAUCACAAGUGUCUGAAGUCAUGCAAGUCAGCUAGAACGUCUUUGUCCCCCCCUCGACGUGAUGCACGUGAAGGCACACCGAGUCCUGCGAGAAAACGCCGCAGCAAGGAGGAGAUAGAGGCGGACAGAGAGAGAACCAGGGAGCGGAAAGAGGAGAGGGAGAGACAGAGGACAGCCAGGGCCCGGGAGAAGGAGGGGAGGAGACAGGAGCAACAGAGAAGGAGAGAGGCGGCGGAGAACCUCAAGAGUCUGAGGCCGGAGAACUGCCUCAAGUGUCUGACAGUCUGCAUAGAUCCAGCUCUCCUGCAGCAGGAUGGCACAGACAUCUUAUUGGACACUUUGGUUUCCUUGGAUUGGUGGUUCAGCGUUGAGAGCCAGCAGCAGCUCCCACACAGCAUCACCUGGACCAGGGACUUACCUCAGGUAGUCGAUGGCAAGAACACGGUGGAAGAGGAGCAGGUGGUUCUGGUGCUGGAUCUGACUGUAUUUAUGGAUAUGGUGAUCUCUGUGAAGACAAUGCUGGACAGUGGAGAGGAGGACACAGUGACUGGGUCUGUCCUGAGUCCUGUCUUAGAGUGUCUCAACCGUGAUGCAAAGAAGGUGGUCACUCUCUUGGUGAUGGACUCUCAGACACACUACAGGGCUGGGUCUCAUUUUCUAAGUAAGACACUACACUCCCAACUGGGAAUGGAGAGCAUGGAUAUGGAGGAGGUUCUUGUGUACCUACAGCUCUGCAAAAAUAUCUCAGUGGUGUUCCUGGGUGACUGGCAGGAGGUCACCAGCCACGUGUGUGCUGUCACAAAGGCCUUAUCAAAACGCCCCUUUAAACUGCUGACAGAGCAAGCAGAGCUGCCCUUCUGUGUGGAUGGCUCCUGGGCCAGCGGGGCCCGGGUAGAGAGAGAUGGCUCAGGCCUGAUGCAAGUCUGGAGUAAACAGAUCCAGCAGCUGAAUAGGGUUAGCCCUGCUGUUGCCUCAGCUGUGACUGCAGCAUACCCGUCACCUCAGCUGCUCCUGCAGGUGUAUCAGAGCUUGUCAACAGAGGAGGAGAGAAAGGGUCUGCUUGCGGGUCUGUUGGUGAAAAGUGGAGGUAAAGAGAGACGUGUUGGACCGGACAUCUCAGCCAGAGUUUACCGCUGCUUCACAGCUCAGAACCCCCAACUGGUCCUGGACUGAUGUAUCCACUUCAGAAGAGAAUGAUGGAUGUCAACGGGGAUGGAUGUGGCUUCUAAUGGUCACCACUUUGCUGCUAAUGUGUUUAUGUUUACACACUAUAAUAAGCCUUAGAUAUCAUGUUUACCUUCCAGACUCCUCUGGUCUUCAAUAGACAGAUGGAAUAGAUUAUGUUAAAUUAAUAAAAAAAAAAUCAAAUGAUGUGUUUAAUUUCGCUGCAUCAUAUAUUUAUGUAUAAAUUUAAUUUAUGUUGUUCAAAAGACCUCUAAGAUAUACUGUCUAUUGUAUAGGCUGGACUUGACCUAUAAAAAUGAGUUGCAACAGAAA